AUUCUACGAACGAGUGGCCGCCAUGAUGUCAUAGCUUGCCCAGAAUGUAGAAGAGAGAGUAGAGUCCCUGAAAGUGGAAAGCUGCAGGACUUGCCGACCAACUUUCGCAUCAACAGUUUGCUAGAUGUGUUGGCAAUCAAAGAAUGUAAUUCCACCGGAGUGAAGUGUGGAAAUUGCGACAAAAAGAGCGUACAGAGUUUGUACUGCUUCCAGUGUUGUGUAUUCUGGUGUGACGACUGCAUCACCGGGCACAACAUAAUUCGAGUCAACAAAGAACACCGAGUGUUGGCGCUUAAAGACUUUCAAGAUCAAGACAUCGAGGAAGUGUUAAAACGACCAGCGUUUUGCCAGCAGAAACACCAUGAAAAAGAAGAGUUGAAGUUCUUUUGCAAGGACUGUGGAGUUGCCAUUUGCAACGCCUGUGCUUUAACGGAUCACGAGGGUCAUGCCAAGAUGCUUUUGGAAGUAGCUGCAAAUGAACGCAAGUUACAAGUGAAAAAAGCGAUUGAAUUGCAAAAACAAAAAGCGCAACAGAAGAGAAACAAAAUCGCUGAACUUGACGAGAACUGUAUUCACAUUGAAGAACAAGCCGCUGCCGUCAAACGAAAGGUACACAGAUUUGCUGAACAUUUGAUGGCAGUUAUCGAAGCUAAGGAGAAGGAAAUAUUGAACAAAGUGGACAUACAAGUUAAAGAAUCUCUCGAGCCUCUGCGAACUGAACAGCGCAAUCUGGACAAGAACGUAAAGCUUAUCGAGACAGGGAUUGAAAAAACUGACACACUUUUAAAGCGAAGCACAAGCGCUGAGAUUGUACAGUUAGACAAGUCACUGACCACAAUGUUUAAGGAAGAUGUCAGCGAUGUUGGAAACCAAGUAGGUUGUGACCUUGAAGGCUUUCGUCGAUUCAUUUUCACAGAAAACGAAUCAGUAAUGGCGAAAACUGUCACUGAAGGAAUCGGCGCUUUCCAAACAUUUAUCAGCAAAACUAGUGCGAAUCAGUCAAGUGUCCAAGGAAACGGAACAAGUGAAGCUAUCGUCGGUCUUGAAGCACAGUUUGUUUUGACAACAAGAAAUGCUGAAGGAGAACAAUGUUAUGAAGCGCGUGACUCCAUAACAGUGGGAAUCAAAAAUCAUCAGGGAGAGGAUUGUGUGACGAAAGUGCGAGUCCAAGAUAACAAAGAUGGCAGCUACAAGAUCAGUUACUUCGCUAAAGAAACUGAAAAACGUGACUUGUCAGUGAAGGUAAAUGAAGAUCACGUUUAUGGCAGCCCUUUNAGAUGCUAG